UCUCUUUCAGUUUCGGGUCGUAGCACAGACAGGAGGAGAGACAUGGAGGCGGCCGGCGCGGGGAAAGCGGCGGCGCCGGCGGCCGUGUGCGUGACGGGCGCGGGAGGCUUCAUCGCCUCGUGGCUCGUCCGGCGCCUCCUAUCCAGAGGAGACUACGCGGUGCAUGGCACCGUCCGUGAUCCCAGCGACCCCAAGAAUGAUCACCUGAGGGCGCUGGACGGCGCCGGCGAGCGGCUGAGGCUGUUCAAGGCCGACGUGCUGGACUACUCGAGCGUGGUGUACGCCGUGUCCGGCUGCGUCGGCGUCUUCCACGUCGCCAGCCCCGUCCCCGCCGCUAAAUCUGCGAACCCCGAGGUGGAGCUGCUUGCCCCGGCGGUGGCCGGCACGCUGAACGUGCUCAGGGCCUGCCGCGAGGCCGGCGUCCGCCGCGUCGUCGUGGUGUCGUCGGUCGGCGCGGUCUUCAUCAACCCCAAGCUCCCAGAGGGCCCCGCCCUGGACGAACACUGCUGGUCCGAUGAGGAGUACUGCAGAACAACUGAGAACUGGUACUGCCUGUCCAAGACACUAGCCGAGCGCGAGGCACUCUCCUACGCAGAGAAGACCGGGCUAAGCGUGGUGACCGUGUGUCCCUCGCUGGUGUUCGGCCCUCCGCUGCAGCCGACGGUGAACGCCAGCAGCUUGUUCCUCAUCAAGCACUUGAAAUGCGACGACGCGGACGCCAUGGAGGACAAGGUGAGGAACAUGGUGGACGUCAGGGACGUCGCCGACGCCCUUGUGCUGGCGUACGAGAGCCCGGAGGCGGCCGGCCGCUACAUCUGCAGCGCGCACGCCAUGAAGGUGUCUGAAAUGGUUUCCAUCGUCAGGAGCAUGUACCCGAACCUGAACUACCCAAAGAAGUACGUUCAAGCGGGAGAUCAGAAGGCGUUCAGCUCUGAGAAGCUGCGGAGGCUGGGGUGGAGGUUCAGGACGUUGGAGGAGACGCUCAAGGACAGCGUUGAGUCCUACAUGGCUGCAGGAAUCCUAAACUGAGCUUGGCCAUGCAUGGACUGUCAAACAAACUGAAUUUGGCCGUGGUGUGUGUGUGCAAAAGGAGUGAGUGUGAAGCGUAACCAGAUGUUGCUAGUUUCAAUUCAUGGGCAGCUGGUUAGCUGAUUUGUGCCAUGAUCAAACUGUACCCUGAAAAUUGCAGGGUGUUUCUUUUUUGCGGGAAAAACGUUCUUGUAUUACUCAAAAAUUGAGAUUCUUCUAUUAAGAUACUAUAAGCUCGCCGCUUGGUGCAUCGAGAGUUGUGGGGACGCUAUAGGUCUAUCCCGAAAGGGUGUGUGUCGCUGGGCAAGGCGGUUUUGAGAAGGUAUUGCCUGAUUUUUUUGUUAAACUUUCUUUUUUAUGUUUUUCACCGGUUUUAAUAAUGCUAUUUUGAUUUUUUUUCCUGCUUUUAUUUUUCUUUUCCCUUCUCUUUUUAUUCUUUCAUUUUAUUUUUUCACAUGUUAACUCAUGAAUAUUUAUUAAAAGGCAUGACAUUUAAAAAAAUAUCAAGUUAUUUUGGAAUUCACAAAUAUUUUCAAAUUUAUGAACAUAAUUCACUAGU